GAAAUAUUUCGAAUUUGACAGAGAAUAAAUUUAAAGUGAAAAUUAAUAUAAUCAAAAUAAAUGGACGAAGAGGAGCGAAAUGUUUUAAUGGUGCUUAUUAAUAGCCGUAAAAAUAAAAUUUGAAAACGAUGAGGGUUUUGGAACCGAAAAUCGGAACGUACCCGAACGUCGUGUAUGUUGACAGAUGUUGAAUGACAGCGAGAUCGUCCAGAAACACUGCAAAAACGAACUCCUUUGGCCGUUCUAAGAGCCUUCACGGCGUAAAAACCGCGUUCGAGAAAGGAUUAGUCGCGGUAGAUUUAUUAGUUAAACACAAUGAUAAAACUGUUUUCGCUAAAGCAACAGAAGAAAGAUGGGGAGGCUUCUCCUCGAGGGGGCAACCAAAAAAAACCUUCAGCAGCCCAAUUACGUAUCGCUAAAGAUAUUAACGAAUUAAAUCUACCUAGAACUUGUACCACCGAAUUUCCCGAUCCCGAUGAUUUAUUAACAUUUAAACUUAUUAUUUGUCCAGAUGAAGGAUUUUAUAGGACGGGAAGAUUUGUGUUUAGCUUUAAAGUUGGUCCUAAUUAUCCUCAUGAACCACCCAAGGUCAAAUGUGAAACACAAGUUUAUCAUCCAAAUAUUGAUCAUCAAGGUAACGUCUGUUUAAAUAUACUCCGAGAAGAUUGGAAACCCGUCUUAACGAUUAACAGUAUAGUUUAUGGGCUUCAAUAUCUUUUCUUAGAACCAAAUCCGGAAGAUCCAUUAAAUAAAGAGGCAGCGGACGUUCUAACAAACAAUAGACGUCUUUUCGAGCAGAACGUUCAAAAAGCAAUGUGUGGGGGCUUGGUUGGGGGUCAAUACUUUGAUCGAUGUCUGAAGUGAAAUUUUGUCGUUAUUUUUUUUUAUUAUUAUUUUGUUCAAAUGAACGUUUGUUUUUAAGGACAUUAAUUUAAGAAUAUAGUGAUUGUAAGGUUGGAGGGAAACAGGAUGUUAACGGAAUACCCUGUUUCAAUCAAGUUAAAUCUGACUCCACUUUUUCAAAAUACAAGCAUUUGAUAUAUAAAGUUAUUAAAAGAAGAAAUGUAUUCUGGUGUAUUAUGAUUUUUGAAUUGUUCCCCUUUUUUCUUCUUUCUCUCUUAUUCUCAAGGGGUUAAAAGCCUCCCUGUAUUUUAGGAAAUUAAUAAAGAUAUUUUUUAUUUA